UUCGAUCCUGGUGCAGGCACAGACCCUCCAUGCAGCUCUGAGCCAUAGGAUGAUCGAUGGAUCCACGGAUCUGAGCCGUUCCAUGGACUUCGCGUCGUUCGCUCUGAGCCAUAGGAUGAUCGACUGAUUAGACACUAACGGAUUCCGUCGCACCUACCCCCUUGGAGGUUCAAGUCCGAAUCUUCUAACACCACAAAAUUCAAAGCUGUGGAAAUAUGGUCUUACUGAAAAAUCAGUAUACAACAGCAAAGGAAAAUCUAAUCCAACGGUGAUAUGCUUCUCAACCUCACGUCGCCCUACCGAUAUGAUUAGGUCAAACCCGGGUAUCCUGGUCCGCACGCGCCAUCUAACUCCACACGGCACGGUCGCAAUCCUCUAGAACUCCGGCUCGUGCUUACUCACCUUCCGAGUUUGAACCGAAGACCAUGCGACCCUGUAAAAUCCCCAACCCCAACUUCCCACUCGAUCACCAAACAAACAAGAAUCCCUUCCUUCGUUUGACGAGCAGCAGCAAUGAAUCGUUCGUACCAGACUGCUUGAUCAAAGCAUCCGUCAGAGAUCCAUGGCGAUGGAGAGGUUCUUCACGACGCUCGUCUUCUGUGAGGCGCCGCUAGACGGCUAUGGCACAUCGGUGCUCACCGCCGGCACGGUCAAAAGGCUGGUCUCUCGUGGCGGCGAUGCGACCGAGCCGGCGGUGGCUAACAAGCCAGACGCUGAGAAGGAGCAGGGUUUCUUCUCUGGCAAGCCGACUUCCGAAAGGCGCGCUGCUUUCGAGCUUGCCUUCGACGGCGUCAAUUGCUUCGACACCAUGGUUAUGCACUAAGCAUGUUAGUUAUCUUGAUUGAAUUUGAGCUGUAUGUAAAAACUCGGAUCAGUUAGAAAUUACUAGAAUGCUUGACGCGGACGUGGACUUGUGAUUUUUUUUUGUUCAUUCGAUUGUAUUGUACUGUUCGACUGGUCCAUAAGCAUCAGUACAAAUGACAGGAUCUUAAAGUGGAUAUCUAGUAGUAUCAGUUUGUAGCUUGGGUUCAGAGUUUAUGUAGAUCACAUCAUAUUCAGUCAGCCUGUGUUUCUGACUAUAUAUCUUGCACACACUUGGCGGAGGAACAAUGCAAUUAAGAGGUGUGGCUCUGCUUAACACGAUGUUGAAUAUCUUCUUCCGUCUCUUGCCUUCCGCCAGUCUCUACCUGAAAAUUAGACACGCUCCCCCCUCCCCUCCUGCGUGGCUCUCGCGAAUGACCGGGGGGAACCCUAGCCGCCCAACCCUGACCCCCUCUCCUCUUCCCUUCCUCCUCGCCGCCACCCAGCGACGCCGUCGGACGAAGCCCGGCCGGUGGUGGCAGCGGCGGGAGCCUCUUCUCCCCCAUCGUGCACCAUGGCUGGCGCGAGACGUCCGAUCGAGCGGGGGCGCUGGGCUAUGGCUGGGCCGGCGGCGUGCUCAGUGUUCGACGGCAGGGAUGCCUGGUAUGUUAGGAAAUUGUGGGCUAUGCGGUCUACCCUCUAAUUCCUCUGCCUUUUCCGUGGUGCCGCUCACAAUGCAUAUUCAGGCUAGAGGAUAGGGACCUAUUUAUAGACUCCACUUCCAGGCGUUUUAUUAUUCCACCUGUUUCCGGAAAGAUCCGUACAACUCCUGGGCAAUGUUACCAACCACGAUCAAACAUGCCAGUUUUCUGAGUCUAAAUAUACGUCCCUAGCACACAUGUGUGAGUCAUGUGCCAUGAUUAGAUUGUAUAUGUGAGAUCAACUUCCAAUAUUAAUCAUGUGGGUCAACAGUCUGCAGAGCCGGUCCUGCAAAACAAACCCAGCUCUUCCACCCUGUGAUGUCCCGUAAAAAUGCGUACUUACAUAUAAAUUCCAAUAGAGUCGAUCCCUAUUAAUUCCUCUAUGGUAUUCCAUCACAGUCGUCCUCGGCACCUCGAAUAUUACUUCCUCGAGUGAAAUUCCGUAUCGGUUAUUCCCCAUCACAAACAUCAAUAAUAUGAAUAAUUCCAAGUUGAUUUAAAUAAAUAAUAAUCACCUUGAAUAAAUGUUGAAAGCCACAUAA